UCAACAUUGUGUGUCUGAGUGUGUUGUGCUUUGACUACUCUAGAUGGGUCUAUAGAUUCUCUCCCCUAUACAGUCAGUGGUAAGAGUAUCCAGUCAUUACUGUCUGAGCCAAUCCAUUAGUGGGGGUUUCUCAUUCAGUGACUCUCAACAUCCAUAAAUUAUACGCAAUGAGCCAAUUCCAUCUUUAAGUGUUCCGAGCAGGUGAUUUGUCCUGUGAAGUCAUUGAAAGAUCGUUAGAAGGAGAUAUUUCAAUGUAGAUGUGGUCCACAGAGCACAGAUGAAUGAAAACAAACAGAACAGCUCAUAAACUGGAUGAAUAGCACUCAUUGGUAGGUUCAGUCAGUGGUGGGUUCCCAUUAGCCAAUGGGGUUGGCAUACAGGAAGAAUGUUUAUUGAAGUGCGUUUGACUGAGAACAUAUUUGUCUGAAAACCAGCUUAUGUAUCUUACAUUGUGGUUUAGGUAGAGGAUGCUGAUUGAAUGUGUCGGUUUAUGUGGAGUACAUUGAUUGACUGUAGUGAUAGAGGAUUGCUCACACUGUGGUGUUGCACCAUGAGAAAUCACUGGCUCGAUGCCAGCUAAACUUUUCUACUGAUUGAAUGUGAAAGUAUUUGAUUGUGACAAGACAUGGUGACGACAACACAGGGAUAUUGAAUUUGUCAGUGAAAGGAUUGGAGCUAAAUGUGGUUGGUGUUCCUUGGGGGAUUUUUACCUCUUAGUGUCCUUACCACCCCAUGUUUAUGAAUGAGAGAGUAACGCCAUCCCCUCAAUGACCCAUAGACACACACACACACACUCACCUGUGGGAACUGUAGUCGCUCUAUCAGGCAAGGACUCAUAUGCGACCCAGAGCCCAACCCACACACACACACACACACACACACACACACACACACACACACACACACACACACACACACACACACACACACACACACACACACACACACACACACUGACAAAGGGAGGACAGGGGCUGUUCAGACAGACCACAAUGACAGGGAGAGAAACAUCAAACCCUCAAGGAACACAAAGAAAUCUGAGACUGAAUCCCAAAUGGCACCCUAUUCCCUACAUAGUGCACUACUUUUGACCAGGGUCCAAUGGGCUUUGUAGGUAAUAGGGUUCCAUUUGGGACGUAGUCUGAGGCAUCAGACUUCUCCUCCAACACAGACAAAUAAUAUUUUCUAUUUUCUUUAAUACACCCCUGUGUUUCACCACCGCCUCACUUCAAAGACGCUCCUCCACCACGUGAAACCACAAACUGAAGAAAUAUUAUUUUCUUCUCCUUAGCUUCCCCCUGCAUUUUUCUGUUUUGUGAGAAUUGUGAGAAUUUGUCGUCCCACCAGGCGGUGGGUUUGUCUGUCCUUCCGGCGAACUCAGCGCUCGGACAUGAAUUACAAUCGCUGACCAAGGUUUGGUCGAUCGCUCUAGGGCUUAUAAAUCAUGAACCAGUUAACCCAUGGCAGGAGAGAGACGGCGGAACCGUGAAAAAUGCAUGAACCAACCACACACACAGACCAUACUUGGACGGCCCAAAAAAACGGCAUGCUGGGACAUAAAGAUGCUGGCCAAGCACUGGCCUCUGCUGACAAUGUGGAAAGAAAAGACCUCUUUAACAAGCAGGUGAGUGUAUGACGUGUGUGUGUGUGUUUUGAAGGAGAGCGAGAGCCUGUAUGUGUAUAAAUUGGUGUGUCUGUGCACGCAUGCUUGUGUAUGCGUGUGUGUGAGUGUGUGUCUGAGUGUGUAAUGUCUGUGUGUGUGUGAGCAUGUGUGUGUGUAUGACUGUGUAAUUUCUGCGUGCGCGCGUGUGUGUGUGUGUGUGUGUGUGUGUGUGUGUGUGUGUGUGUGUGUGUGUGUGUGUGUGUGUGUGUGUGUGUGUGUGUGUGUGUGUGUGUGUGUGUGUGUGUGUGUGUGUGUGUGUGUGUGUGUGUGUGUGUGAGAGAGAGAGAGAGCGAGAGAGUGUGUGUGUGUGUGUGUGUGUGUGUGCGUGGCUGCUGAGUGCUGACAGAACUCUCACAUCUGGAGUCUCCAUCUGCCUGGUCUAGUUUUAACAGCAGUACUGUGUGUCCUGGUUCACCCUCUGAGCCUUGGCCACACUUGUCUCUCUAACCAUUCAUGCCAAAAACACAGAAUCCAAUCAGCUGCACCAGUGAUCCCACUCUGGGUUGAGACUACGGUUACUAUGUUGAUGUGGGACUAUGGGGCGGUUUCCCAUACCCAGAUUAAACCUACUGGACUAGGAGUUCAAUAGAUCCAGCCCAGGACUAGGCUUAAUCUGGGUCUGGGAAACGGACUCUAUGAGGUUGAAAAGUAUUUACUAGUUUCGCAAAUAUUACUUAUCUAUUCUAUCGCUGCAGAUGUGUGUGUGUGUGUGUUCCUUUGUGUGUGUGUGUAUGUGUGUGUUCCUUUGUGUGUGUGUGUGUCCUCGGUGGUUGCCAGUGUGUUCACAUUCCUCCUCGUCCAUCCAGGCAGACAGUCAAAGUCACAUAUGUGGGACUU